GAAUAUUCUUCCAACCUUCCAAUUCGAAUAUCUUGAUUAAAACGAUGUUUUGACGUUUAUAUCAACCAAACUGCAAAUAAACAAAUCGUGAUGGAUGAAAAUAAGGACGCCAGCUUACUGGUGAUCGUCUUGGACACGAAUCCUUCCCAGCUCAUUAUCCGGAAAAAUCCCCACCAUCUCACCCAAUGCCUCGAUUCGAUAGUUGCCUUCGCCAAUGCGCACCUGAUGCAAAAGGCACAAAACAAAUUAGCGGUUCUGGCUUGUCAUCAUCAUGCAACAGAAUUUUUGUACCCUACACCUGGUAAACCACUGGACAUCCGGCAGGUCGAUGGACAAUACGAAGCGUUCACACUGGUGGAGAAAACCAUCAAGCAGAAAUUGGCAAAAGUGAUCGAAGAAGCGCCCCGGUUGAUGGCCCCUACUGAGUCCCUCCUAGCUGGCAGUAUGGCCAUGGCACUGUGCUACAUCGCGAGAAUAAACCGCAACAAACCGGCGGGAGUGAAGCUAAACUCACGCAUACUGGUGGUUACGGGGAGCAAUGAGUGCGCCUCCCAAUAUAUGACCUACAUGAAUGUGUUUUUUACCGCCCAGAAGCAGAACGUUACGUUGGAUGUGUGUGCGUUGGAUAAAGCACUGAGUUUGCUCCAGCAAGGGUGUGACAUCACUGGUGGACAGUAUCUAAAGUUACCACAGCUGGAUGGAUUUCUGCAGUACUUGCUGUGGGUCUUCCUGCCGGAUCCUCAGAUACGUUGCAAGCUUGUUCUGCCACCGCCGGUGAAGGUGGACUAUCGAGCAGCCUGCUUCUGUCAUCGAGAGCUGAUUGAUAUCGGAUACGUGUGCUCCGUGUGCCUGUCGAUAUUCUGCAAGUUCAGUCCCAUUUGUACCACGUGCCACACCGUUUUUAAGGCGCCUGCUCCGAUUGCUGCCAAACCCAAGAAGAAAAAACUGAAGACUUGAUCGAACUCUAUUUCCGAGUAAACUAUUUCUUAUUUUCUUAUUCUUAAGCAUUAAUGAAGUUUACAAAAAUUAUUGUAUAUUUCGCA